AACACACACAUACAACACACCAUCUGUCUGAAAUCAGCUUAAAAAAUUACCUAAUUUUAGCAAAGGACUUUCUUUUCUAACAGAUGGAUGGUCAUCCGAAGCAGCCCUCUUUCUUCGGGUGGAAUCAGGAUUUCUUUCAAUGCAUCAAGAAAUGUGACGAGGCAUUCUGCAUCGUAUGGGCCAAUAGUUGGUGUGGCAAAGGACCCCAUCAUUGGAGAUGUCAGCACACAUGGUGAUAUUGGCACCCCUCUGACCUGGCACUGUGACAGUGGCCCUCUGCCCAAUGAUGUUCCUCCAGUGUCAUAUCUCCAGAAGCCGGCUUCAUCCACAAAAAUGUCGAAGGGGCCGCUGCCAGCAGGAAAGGGUGCAGCAUGUCUGACAUGUAAAGGGAUCUGCCCUGGAUUCCAACCACAUUCUUGGAGAAAAGCUUGCAUAAAGUGCCAAUGCAGUCAGGAGGAACACACAUUCAUUUCCAACAAUGAAGAUGACCUCAAAGUAGGAAGAUUGCUGGCAGAUUCCCGCUAUGCCCACCUCACAGCCAAGGUUAAGGGAGGAGAUGGCAUAAGGGUUUAUAAACGCAACCGCAUGAUUGUCACCAACCCAGUGGUCUCCCGUAAAGACCCAACGUUCAACACAGUCACAUAUGACUGGGCCCCAACCGGCCUCACUCAGAAACUGGCAAUGCAGUAUAUGAGUCUUCUCCCCGAGCAAAGACAACCUGUGGCUGGCACUGAAGGAUCAUUAUAUCGCCACAAGCAACUGACAAGACAGCUUCCUGCCUAUGAUCAUGACCCUGCAUACUGCCACAGCCUGUCUGAGGCUGAGCUGAAAGUUAUGGCUCAGUUUGUAAAAUCUUUUAAGGAGGAAUCCUUAGGAGUAGGAGAAGUUGCCUUGCCUGGAGAAAAAAGUACUACCAAGAAGAAUGAAAAGAUUUCCCAAGAACAGCCAGAUCCACCCCUAAUGGAGCAAAUCCCUGAUGGAGCAGUACAGUCUCCUCUCAGCAAUGAGACUGAAUAUUAUUGCAAUGGAUGUGGGCAGUUAGCACCUAUGGAAAAACCUGUGGUGUAUGCUGACAGAGCUGGAUACAUGAGACUGUGGCAUCCUGCCUGCUUCGUAUGCUGUGAGUGUGGUGAGGCUCUGGUGGAUCUUAUUUACUUUUGGAAAGAAGGAACACUGCUGUGUGGACGCCAUUACUGCCAGAGCAUCAGACCUCGCUGCCUGGGCUGCGAUGAGCUGAUCUUCUCAGACAUAUUCCUUCAGGAGGCCAAUGGCCACGUCUGGCAUAAGGAACACUUUUGCUGUUGGCUGUGUGGGCAAAAUAUCAGAGUUCAAUGUGGCUGUGACAAACGGCAAACAAAAUAGUUUUCAAAACAGUCAAAUCCUUCAAAAUAUAAUAAAAAUUGGCAUUUUAUGCCAAUACCAAAUACAUACUUUAAAAAUCAACAUAAUUGUUUGAAUAAAAACAUGCAACCUUGGACACAGUAUGAGAAAUCUAAUUUUCACAGAUCUAGAACUUUUCUGAACAGCUCACCACAAAACAUAGCUGACAAACAACCCCAAUGACAAAUAAUACAUGACUACCUGCCCAUGCACAUAUAAACAGCUUUCAGUCCGUUAAUUUAUGAGCCAUAUUUUCAAAACCAAAUCUAUUCCUGGCAUAGAAAAUUAAGAGUAACUUCUGAAUCUUUUUUAGACUCAUACAAUUUUCCAAUAUACAGUAUGAGCCUCUAUGAUCAUCAUUUUUGCUUUACACAUUUAUGCGUAAUGCCUAUUAACAUUGCACACUUAUUACUCAAGGUGAUACAGUGGCGCAGUAGGUAGUGCUGUUGCCUCACAGCAAGAAGGUUGCUGGUUUGAGCCUCGGCAGGGUCAAUUGGCGUUUCUGUGUGGAGUUUGCAUGUUCUCCCUGCAUUCGCGUGGGUUUCCUCUGGGUGCUCUGGUUUCCCUCACAGUCCAAAGAUAUGCGGUACAGGUGAAUUGAAUGAACUAAAUUGUCCAUAGUGGAUGUUUCCCAGAAAUGGGUUGCAGCUGGAAGGGCAUCUGCUGCAUAAAACAUGAGCUGGAUAAGUUGGCGGUUCAUUCUGCUGUGGCGACGCCUGAUUAAUAAAGGCACUUGGCCGAAAAGAAAAUGAAUGAACAAAACAACCAAGCAUUUUUAGAAAAGCUUUGAUAAAGCAGGCUAAUUCUAAAAUGAGUUUAUUUGCACAGACUUACAUUUUUUCUCAAUUGCUAAAACACCAUUUCUGAAAGCUUGCUUCAUUUUCUUAAACCAUUAAACACAAAACCUCAUCUUCAAGUCCCAUUUAAAAAACUUCUCUUGCAAAAUAAAACUUUUUCCUCAAGUUUUACUGUGUUCAAAAUCAAACACUGCUCUUAAUUAGGGAUGCACCGAUACCACUUUUUUACAAACCGAUACGAGUACGAGUAUUUAGCAGGUCGCACACCAGAAGCGCCACUCAGCGCCAUACAUUUCAGAAUUUUAAACAUAGGUUUCUAUCAGGGUACACACACCGGCGCCACAAGUCGGCGGCUGUCCGCCAUGACUCAGGACACUGUUCAUUUCUCUGCCGUGCCACAGAGUGCCAUCUGAUUAGUUUCAUGUUAAAUAUCAUGGGAAUGUCCGCGUCUGGUGUGUGAUACUUUUAACUAUCAUGUGCGCGCCGUGUCGCGGCGCUUCCGGUGUGCAACCUGCCUUUUAAUCUGUGUACUCACCGAUACCGAGUACCUAUACCGAUACUUCAUAGAUUUGGUUUCAAUUAAGUUUAUUUGUUCGUUUUUUUUUUUUUUUUUUUGCCCUUAGCAAGGAUGAACACAAAAAGCUUUAACAGUAGGCUGUUCCAAGCCAAAAAUAUACACACAUUGUUGAUAACCCUGCAAAUCCAUAGACCUUAGCCUAGUGUACAUUACCUUAUAGAGUCUCUCUUGGCAUUGCAUAUUGGGGAUGAAUAAAACCCUGUUAUGCGUCCUGCCAUUAAUCUGCUGGUCAGGUAAUCAAAAAGUAGGCUACUUGAUGUUUAACUAAGGGUGGGUUGCAGGUAGAUAAGAUCAAUAGUCAUAAAUACGCAACGCAUACUCUCAUUUUAAAAAUCAUUUGACCGUCAUCUCACAAUGUUCAAUAAUAAAUAAUCUUAUUUUUUAUUAAAACAAAAGUGAUUUAGCAAUGUCGCACCACUGACAAGCCAACUGCAGAGGAACAAAGCAACCUAUUUUUGCACUUGAUCAUUAUGCAUUUAAUGUUAAAAAAUCAAUAAUGAAUAGGCCUACAAGAGUGUAUCCUAUGUGUGUGUGUGUAUGUGUCUUUUAUCACUGAAGCUGCUCUUUUCCAAAACCGAAAGUUGCUUUGUCUGUCUGGCAAUAUUUCGGCUUUUAAGCGAAUAAAAAGUUAGUUUAGAUGAGCCAAUAUAAAAAAAUAGCAGUAAAGUAACUGUGACGUGCGGCCACACAUCGAAUCGGAGGUCUGAUCUCAUCUCUCUCUCACUGUCUUCCAGACAUUGAUACGUAGACGCCAAACUGUCGCAAAACUGAGGCUGGUACCAGCUGACAGAAUAGCUGAAGCCUUUGCGAAAUCUGUUAAAAUACAGCACUAAAAUUAACAGGCAUAGAUGUCUUUGACCCAAGUUUAUCUGUAGGAUAUCUGUAAAAACACAAUCAGAGCCAAUGUUAUGUAGAAGUUGUGUAGCCUAACAAUUAUAUUAAUUCUAAUAAAAUUAAAACCAAAAUAAACUAUUCAUUGCAUUUUUUGUUUAUUAAAAAAUAUAUGGAAACGAAAAAAAAUCAAAGGGUGUCUAGUUUGUAUUAAUGUGUUUUAUAAUAAUAAAAAUAUGCUUAGCCUAUUUAAGCUUAACAGUUAUACACUGCCAAUAGGCAAGCCAUUCAGAAAUUAUUAUUUUACUGUGUACUGGGUUAUAAUGUAUAUUUUACAAUAAAAACUAAAUGUAGCAUGUCUCGCUGUCAUUUAAAACAUGCAAUUCAUAACACACCAGAGCUGUAGGCCUGUGUAUGCAGUGUAUAAACUUAUACAGGGAGGUGUUGGCCAAUAAUCAUACUGCGCACCAGGUUAUUGAACUCCAAUAUCUCUGAGGGAGAUUAUGUUACCCGUUAGGCUAUUAACUUGAGAGAAUUUAAAAAUAAAAUGCAUUUUUAAAAAGGAACAACACGCAAAUCGGAAACAAAUAAAACUGGUCCCGGGGAGUUCAGCACUUGUCAUCUUGCCAUUGCAUGCUGUGUGUAUCAGCGCAUCUACUGCUGCUGGUGAGAGAGAGAGAGAGCGCGCGUGAGAGCUCAAAGCCGGUCUCGAUAACCAAAAGCAAGAUCAUAUCGUUAUAAAUAUUCCAUUAACGAUACCUUUUGAAAUAUUUAUACAUUUCCAUAAAGUGUUUAUUGAGAUCGUGUGAUCUGUAUAGGCUGUCUGAUCUUUACAGAAGCUGUAAACUAACACGCGCACGGUGACCGCAGUGAAGUUCAGCUCUGACGAGGCACUUUUAUUUAGCCUAUAGUCUUUAGAUUUUUUUUACAUAUAAUGUUCUAUUACUUAAAAUUUCUUACAUUUUUUCAUUUAUAGUUUAUAUAUAAAAUGAAUAGCGUGUUAAGCUGUGAUAAUUAUGCAAGGAUCAUAUUUCAUAUUCGGUUUAUUCUUCAGUAGCCUAUAGAUUCGUUAAGAAUGUAUUUUAUAAACGGAAUUCAUAAGGACUAAGCUAUUAAUAUAUAAUACAUUUGGGUAAUUAAAACAUUAAGACAUUGAAGCCAGCUAGGACAACAAAUCACAUCCAUGUAGUGAAUUACAGUUGAGUGGUAUCGGUGCCUGGUAUUGAACUUUCAUGUCCGAUAUGACUACGAGUAUUUUACUAUAGUAUUUUACACAAGGAGAAAAACUCCCCAAUCGGAUUCAAGAAAGGCAAGUAUGGAGGGAGGUAAAAGCUUAUAAACUGCCCAUUGCACUUGUUCUAUCACAUUGUUUCUGCUAUCCAUGCUUAGACAAUCUCUUUCCCACCUCCUAUGCUCUCUGAACUGUCUUAUAUUUGUAUGAAAAACGUAACAUCAAUUUUGAGUCGUUGUGUUUAAUAAGUGACAUCUUUUCUCUAUUUGUGUUUGAUUGUUGCUUCUUGUGUUUACCAGUACCGUGUUUACCAUGUGCCUAGAGUGCAGCAUGUGUUUUGAGAAUAAGAACCUGUUUAAAAUUUUGCUGAAAAGUAAGAACUGCAAAUGGAUUAAGGUAUUGACAACAGACUGCACAAUUAGCUAAGAGGUCAGGCACCUGAGAACUUUGUUCAGCCUACGAGUUUUAGUGUUUUAGCAAUUGAGAAAAUUUGUAAUUAUAGAAAUAUAAAAAGCACGCACAUCACUUUUAACUAGAUGCUCAGCCAAAACGCAAAAAGUGCUAAUUAUAUAUUUAAAAAGGUGGCAACACCAAAGCUCCAAAAAUGCAAAUUUAUUAAAUUAAAAAGGCCGACACAAAGCUUGUAACUUUCGACCACACUGUUCUUCCUCAGACAGUGUUCAUCACAGUAAGAUGCUCCGUUUUGUACACUUCCAGAUCACAUGAUCUCACAACAAGUAAAUGUUCUCACAUGAACUCACAACAAGUAAAAAAAAAAAAAAUUAUAGAAAACAGAAUAUAACAAGGAAAUACAACAAAAUACUACAACAAAAUAUAGCUAAAAAACAUUUACCCAAACAGCUAAUUAAAGAAUUAUUUAAGAAAAGGACGAAAUGCUGCGCAACUGGACCUCUAGGAUCAUGAUGUCGCAUAGCAAUGACAGAUGUUCAGAAAUGUGAAUUUUUAAAGGCCUACUCAUCUUACCUACGUAACAAACCACACGGGCACAGCAACAUAUAGAUUACGUUAGCGGUCUUCCACGAAAUAGUGCCUAGAUUUUUGAUUUUUUUGGAUGUGUAAAAAUUAAUGUUUUGAAGUUGCAUUGUAAAUAAUUUCACCAUUUAAAAUUACCACGUGGUGUAGUAUUUAAAAAAUGCUGAGCAGGUUUUAGAUCAACUCUUACCAACAUAUUCUGGAUAUUAGAUGUUCUUUUGUGAACUAAACGAGGUGAAAUUUCAAAACACUCCUUGAGGGUAGUGUAGGACUCAAAUGGUCCAUUGCAUGUUCUGAAUGAUUUGAAAAUUAACAAGUUUUAUUUUGAAUGCAAGAAGUUAUAGAGUACAAUUUCUGCGCAGGAGAGAUGUACUACUGUAUCAGCCUCUGCCCAUGAUACUGUCCUUCAUGCUUUUUAUACUGUCUCUCACACACUAUCUAACCCCAACCCUAUUUGACUUAUAUGGUGUUGUCUUGACAGUUUGACCCUUCAGCAACCAGAUAUUCCUCUUCCUGGUAUCUGUGUAUCUUCUCUUAACAGUUCACCUUUUAAGGCAGAUGUUUCAGAGCACGUACACGGAGCUCAUACGUCCUGUCAUUCUCAGACCUUUCAUCAUUUUCUAUGCACCCACACUCGAUAACAGGAUGGGCUGUUCUCUGCAACCUGCAAUACUUCCCUAUACUUGUGCACAUAAUAUAGCAGUUAACCCUUUAAAGCAAAAGCCUUCAUGGCUGCAUUUAUUAGUAAAUGUUUAGCAAAAUCUAAUAAUAAAAAUUGCUAUCCUUCAGUAGGAUCAUUUGAAAUAAUAUGCCAGUGUUUUAAUUGCACUUUAUUAAUGUCUUUAGUCACCGGCAAACAUUUCAUAUAACAAUUAAUACGACUAUCAUGCUUUUUUGUUGUUUUUUUAACUAAGGUAGCAUUUUGUGCAGAUUGUAUUCUCUACACUUUGUAAGACCGUUUUCUAAAUCUGAAAAUCUCUGUAAUUGUUGUUAAAAAUCUUUAUCUUUACUGCAAAUCCGACAGAUACGACUAAAUUGAGACAUGGGUAAUGAACAUUUUAACGUACUGGGGUGCGUUUCCCAAAUUGAGACAUGGGUAAUGAACAUUUUAACGUACUGGGGUGCGUUUCCCAAACAACGACGUAACUCUUGGCUGAACUAUCAUAGUACGAUGCAUCGUUUGGGAAAGAACGAUGUAGUGACGAGUGUUUCCCAAAACCCGUAGUUUCUCUGUCGCAGAUCCAUCGCUUGAACCACGUUAGUUUUAAAGUAACCACAUUUUAAAGUAAAAUGCCCAUAAUGAUGCUCUAAACUGGGUGGAGUUAUACUUAUUUUGAGUGGAACCCCAUAAUUUGUGCAUAUUAUAUUGUUUUUUAAAAAGCAUUUAAAAAGAAUCCAAUAUUAGAUUUGGUAAAAACAUGAACUCGCUUUCCAUAUUAGUUACAAUAUAUGUAAAUGGCACAUAGGGCAUAUGUUUGCUUUAUUAAUAUUAUUGAGAAGUUGAACAUUACAUAUUCUAUUCUAAAACAUAUCACUUACAAAAGCAAACACAUAUUCUAAUAUCAUAUAAAUAAAUAAAUGAGGCUAUUUAUCAUAAAAUGAAAUGUAAUUUUUAAUAUUCAUACUAUAUCAUACUAUAAUAAUAAUAUUAAUGAUGAUUAUGAUGAUGAUGAUGAGUAUUAUUAUUAUUAUUAUUAUUAUUAUUAUUAAGUAGGAUAUUGUUUCUUAAUUUUUUUGAAAAGUCUACGUUUACAAUUUGACACAUGUAUACCACUGCAGAAAGUUCUAACCAGCAGGCUCAUGUCAUAUACAGUGCAGAUACUUAAUAAAUAACCUCCUAAAGCAUUAACGUAUGCUUUUUGUUUUCACAAGCUUUGGAGACGUAACAUAAAUUCCGCUUUUAAAUAAUAGGUCACCUAUAGCUUUCGCCAUGAGGCUGUGUUCAAAAUGACAUCAAUGUUUUCAAAGUGCACUGCGAAGGGAGCACAAUUGUAAACAUAAAGAUCGCUAAAACUGAACUGUAAAAGUACUUUAAAACGCAAAUUACACCUAAGAGAGAUGACCUUGAUGCUUUUUUAUUUUAAAUAAUUCCAACUUUGAAUGUUAGAAUGUUUUUAAUGAAUAAGGCAUAGGGGGGAUAAGUGGAACACACAGGAACCAUGGAACUAUGUUACUAACUACAGCUCCAGAGCUGUAGUUGCGAUUGCUCAAGUUUGCGACGCAGUUUGCAAAUGUUCGUUGGAACGACGGAUUUGGGAAACAACAAAUCAACAAACUAUGUUUGUAACGAUGGAACUUGCGACCUUAGUUGGCUAAUGAUGGUUUUGUGAAACGCACCCCUGCAUGGUACGAAUGUCCAUAUAAAAUUGUAUUACUAUCAGUGGGUUUUCGGUAUAAUGCUGUUUCUAUUCCGAUGCAGUCAAAAAUACAAAAAUUCAUUUUGUGUUUGUGGAAUUCCAUAGUGAACUUCAAAGCAUUAGAACUAUUGUAGACAUUAGAGUGAAAUUCUAAUAGCUUCAAUUCAGUACCACUCCUUAUUAAAAAGACAUCAUCAAUAUCGUUUCCUUAGAACAAUGUGUUUGCAAUACAAAUUUAAAGCAGAAUUUAAAAUAAACUGAUGUUCAAACUAACCACAAAAUAAAUUCUAUAAUUUGUGAUGCAAUAUUACGGUUUGUUUUUGUAUUUUUGCUUUGAAUAUCUAAGUUGUAUAAUUUAUUUAUGUGUAUGUUUCAUUUUUUCUUGUUGUGAGAUAAUAGGAGAUCAUGUGAUCUGGAAGUGUUCAAAAGGAGUACCUUACUGUGAUGAACACUGUCUGAUGAAGAGCAGUGUGCUCGAAAGUUACAAGCUUUGUGUCAGCCUUUUUAAUUGAAUAAACUUGCAUUUUUUUUA